AGCCUCGACUGAGAAAGUCCGGCCCGGGGAGGGGUGGGUGGCUUUUUCUGCGGCGAAGGGGGCGCAGAAGCGAUGGGUUGGAGGUGGGAAGAGAUGGCAGGCGGCAUUGCCCGGCUAGAUGCCCGCGGCAAAUAUGGCCCCAGACACCUCCUCCUCGCGUGAACGCGCUCCUCGCCGCGGGUUCGAGCAUUGGGGAAUCCCCACCGCGUGCGGCUGCCUUUCUGCAGCCGGGGGGGGGACCGAGUUCACUUUUCCUUGCCUCCUCCGCCAGGGAUCAUCGGAUCGAGGCCCGGAGCGGAGCCGUUUCCCCGUGGGAAAGAGAAACAAACAUGGACCAAGUCGCGGAGGAAGACGUCGACCCAUCGCUGAGCCCACCCCUCAGCCAAGGGACCUUCCAGGAGAUGUGGACCUCCCAAAUAGUCGAGCCGUUUUGGGUGAAUGAAUCGAAGAUGAUGGCCUCCACCCAACAAGCCAACAUCCCCUUCCCCGCGGAAGGGAACAGCUCCAUGGAUCAAACCAACUUUGGCUUGUUGGCUCCGACGGCCGCUUCUCCAUUGCCCCCUCUCGCCGAAGGCUAUCCAGUGGGAGAAGAUCUCAGCCUCAUCCAGGAUUUGGACGAAUUUUUGGGGGACCCCCAGUUCCUGCUCCAUCCCUCCAAAGAUUAUGGGACUGGGGAGAGCUGCGUCUUCCCCCCCACCGAAGACUAUCCUGGCCAGUUCGGCUUCAAUCUGGAGUUUGAGCAGUCGGGCACCGCUAAGUCGGUCACUUAUACCUUUUCGCCGCUCCUGAAGAAGCUUUUUUGCCAAAUGGGCAAAACUUGCAAAGUUUUGGUGAAGUUGACCGGGAUCCCCCCGCUCGGCUCGAUGAUCCGGGCCAUGGCCGUUUACAAGAGAUCCGAACACAUGGCCGAAGUGGUCCGGCGCUGCCCCCACCACGAACGCCACCUGGAGCACAACGAUGGGGUGACCCCCGCCGAUCAUCUCAUCCGGGUGGAAGGAAACCCCCAGACCCGUUACACAACAAACCCGGCUACCAACCGGCACAGCGUCUUGGUUCCUUACCAGAAGCCUCAGGUGGGGAUGGCGUUUACCAUCAUCUUGUACAAUUACAUGUGCAACAGUUCGUGUAUGGGUGGCAUGAACCGGCGCCCAAUACUGACCAUUCUGACGUUGGAGACAGCGCAGGGUGAGGUCCUGGGACGCCAAUGUUUUGAGGUUCGGGUUUGCGCCUGCCCCGGACGAGACCGACGAUCAGAGGAGCUCACCUUCCAGCAGAAAGCAAGAUCAUUGGAACCUACGAAAAAGGCUCCUUCGCAAGGCCAGCGUCCUUGCGGCCCCAGCAGGAGACCGGUGCAAAUCCCGCCGGAGGAAGACGAAACUGAAUGUGAAUCGGGGUGCGCAUCCGAGCCCCAAGUUUAUACGCUCGUUACUCGCAACCGCAGGCAUUACAACAUCGUAAAGGAAAUUUUAGAAGGCUUGGAGUGCAAAGAAGCUCAGCAGCGGGAGAACACCGAGGGCUGCAAAUCCGGGAAAAGCCUCCUGAAGAGCCGGAAGCGAGGAGCCAAGUUGACUUCCUCCCAUCAGAAGAAAGUCCGGGUGAAGGACGAGACCCUCGACUCCAAUUAGCGGGGUGUCUCUUACCCCACCCCCCGAACCCCUUUUUUUUUUAACCUUGUUUAUGAUUUGUUCUUUCUUCCCCCGCCAUCUUCCCUUCUCUGUUUUGACUUCCGAGGUUGCUCCCCCUGGGUUUUUGGGGUCCCCGUCAAACCCCACCCCCGAAAUAGCUGCCAAUAGCUGCUCCCCAAUCUUAGCUGGGGAUCCCCUCCUGGCUCCCAGCCUUCCUCCUCCUUUUCCAGAGUUGUUUUUUUGGGGGGGGGUCUCCACCUUCCCUUUCUUCAACAAGGGCAUGGAAGAGAGUUUUUUUGGGGGGGAUCCCCAUAUUGCAGGGGCCCCCCCACCUCAAAAGAGGUGGUCAGUUUGCCUCAGUUCUCCAUUCUCUUCCCCCCCCCCCAAAAAUUGGUUUUUUUAAAUCCCUCCCCUCGCAACACGGGUGUCAAAAUGGCCCCCUCCUCCAGAUUUCCCACCCCCUCCCCAAAUGGGGUGUCUGUGUCAUUUCUUAAAAGUUCAAUUUCGGAGAGCCGGGUGGUCAUGGCUGGUUCCUCACCCGUCUCCCUAAACCAGGGGUCUCCGACCUUGGUCACUUUAAGACUUGUGGACUUCAACUCCCAGAAUUCCUCAGCCAGCUUUGCUGGCUGAGGAAUUCUGGGAGUUGAAGUCCACAAGUCUUAAAGUGGCCAAAGUUGGAGACCCCUGCCCUAAACGGUCCUCCCUCUUCCUUUCUCCCACCAGCAAAGGGUUUGUCUAAAUUAGUUUUGGGGGUUUUUUUUGGAAGCUUGGCGAGGAUUUGAAUGUAGGACUUCAACUCCCAGAAUUCCACAGCUAGCAUUUUUUUGAAGAAGGGGAAUUCUGGGAGUUGGAAGUCUACAAUUGCUGGCAGGGGGAAUUCUGGGAGUUGUAGUCCUGGGCCUUGCCAAGGUUUUGCAAAAAAAAAAAAACCCACCCCACUGGCUGAGCUUUCUGGUUUAAUCGUUUUUAACAGCUAUAUUACUUUCUCCAUCGAUACAGUAUUAAUUUCUUUGUAGAUUAGAUUUCCUAUUUCCAUUUU